UGUUCUACGUGACGCGGCGCGUCGUUUCCUCCAGUUGCGAAGGAGAACGGGGCGAGCCCCCUCUUCUCUCUGCCUCGGUCCCCUCGAUUACCUCACACCGACGACGAUGUACGCGUUGGCGGCGUCGUCGACAGCGGAGGGAAAGACGGUGAGUACCGUGACGCCGCUCGAGAAGCCGCCCGCGCUGGGAUCGGACGCUUGCACAUCGCUGUCGUCGCGCAAGCGACAACUACAUGACGAACUCUCGACGAACUCUCGCCGAGCGACGACACCUCAACGGGCCCGUCUCCCCUUCUCUUCUGCCUUGGCCGUCGCCGAAGGAGUCGACAUAGAGAAGAGGUGCAAGCCGUUGGCACUGCGCCGGCCGACUCAGGAGUCGCUCCACUCUCGUGUGACAUGUGAGUCGCGUGGUUCGUCAAAGCCCGUGACUAUUGUAAACGCGUGGGAUACGACCCGUCAAAGACGUCUGGAAGACGUACAGGUUGCCAGGAUCAACAGGUGCGACUAGUGUUCACUGAGAAGAUCUUCCGCUGUGUGUGACAGUUCCGGGAGGAGCCCAGACUACUCUGAAACUUGAUGUCGGUGACGUAGUGGCACAAGGAAGACAGGCCUUUCAGUUUGGUUGCCCAGUGUGCUUUUCGUGGAAUGGAUUUGGCUGGCUGCCUUCAAGACCGACAACGCCGUUCCGUCAACAGCUGAAUAAGCGAGACAUUCUUUGUACGGCGGGAACUGUGAUAGAACAUCAGCUCAAUUAUGGCGAUGCUCACGCUCAAGGUGGUGGUGGUCGGAAGCUGCGCCUGCGGGAAGACCACGCUGAUACGAACUUUCCUGCGCGAUGACGUCAGAGACUCCGUGCCCGCGCCCACCGUCCAGGAAGUCUACGUCGGCCACAUGCAGCACGACGGAAAGAAGGUCCGGCUGGUCAUCUGGGACACGGGCGACUCGGACCUUCUUUGCGACCCUCACCGGGCCUCGUGCUACGCCGAGGCCGACGUGGUGCUGGUCUGCUUCUCGGUGCGCGACAUCUUCUCCGGCAGCGAGGUGCCCACGCGGUGGGCCACCGAGGUGCGACACUUCAACCCGAACGUGCCCGUUCUAUUGGUCGCCACGCAAAUGGACCUGCGCGAGGACCCCGUGACCGUCCACGAGCUGGCACAGAUCAAGUGCCGGCCCACGAGCGUCGCCGAGGGCCUACAGCUGGCGCAGAAGAUCCAGGCGGCUCACUACAUCGAGUGCUCGUCGCUAGACCUAGCCAGCGUGCGCAAGGUCUUCGAGAGCGUACUCCACACAUGCCUCAGGACUACACAAAGUAGACAGAAGAAGUCCAGAUGGAAGCGCCUCUGCUGCUGCUGCUGCCCUUGACGUCAUCACGCGUAGGACAACGAUUCCUCUCGAUCUAGUCAAGUGACAUGCGGGGGCCAAAGAAUCGAAAACGGCGGCAUUUUUGGCCGCGGACAGGCUUUUAGCUGUACAUUCCAAUCGACGUUCAUUCUUUUAUUGCACGAGACGCCAGCGCACUCCUUGUUGUCACACGACUGCCGCCGCGUGUUUCCGUAUUCUAAAGAUUUCAUUGGUGAAUUUUCAGUAACAGUCGCAUCCUGGAGAUUCACAUGACCCGGCCUGAAACAUGACCUAGGGACGUCAUGUGACUCGCGUGACUCUUGUGUGAAGUCACGAGGCCAGACAAAAAGCGUCACCGUUGAGGGGUGGUCACUCGCGCCAAUCUUGUGAAACCUCGUGAGACUCGAAACCGCGAGUCAUGUUGCACGACCAGGAGCGGCACCGUGUGACAUCCUGGGACUCGUGUUACUUUUGUGUGAUGUCAUGGGAUUCAGUUCCGGGAAUCAUUUGGCUCGACCAGAAAAGGUACCAUGUGACUUAUGUGACUCUUGUGCUGCGUCAUGUGAUUCACAAUUGGGAGGGUCACGUGACCCCACAAGCAACGUUCCGGUGGGACGUCGUGUCACUCACCUGACUUCAUGGUAUUCAAAUCUGGUAAAGUCGUGUGACGUGACCAUAAAAGUCACUGUGUGACGUCAUUGGACUCGCGUUGCUCUUGUGUGACGUCAUAUGACUCGUAACCUGGAGAGUCAAUUGACCCCACUAGGGACGCGCACGUGUGUCGUCUUGUCACUCAUGUGACUUGCGUGACUUCAUGGGAUUCAGCACUGGUAGAGUCAUGUGGCGCGACCAGGAACGUCACCGUGUAAAGCCAUUGGACUCGUGCGUUACUCUUGUGUGACGUCGUGUGGUUCACAGUCACAGGACCUCAACAAGAACGUCACCUUCUGGGGUCACGUGACUCACACGACUUCGUGUGAGUCACCUUCUGGGGUCACGUGACUCACACGACAUCGUGUGACGUCAGGCGAUUAACUACCGGGCUAGUCACGUGACCCGACCAGAAGUGUUACCGUGUGUCAUGCGACUCGCGUGGCUCUUGUGUGACGUCACAUGGCUCUUCCAGAUGUGACGUCGACCGGAAGUUCCUCCAUCGCGUUUUUUGGAACAUGGAAACAAGCCCUUCCGCCUGUACUUAAAGCGUGUUCUUGUGAACGACGUGCCUUUAUAUAUAUAUUUUUUUGCAAGUGACCUGAUAUUUCAAGAGGAGGUAUUUUUACCAAAUAUCUUUAUCGGGAAAAUUAUUUAUAGCUUAUGUAUAUAUUGCAGCAUGCUUUGCUUGCGAGUCACUUAACGAUGUCCGCAGGGUACAGCGAUGUUGUUUUCUGUUAAUGAUUGUGUGAUAUGCGAGAGCUGUGUUGUUACAGUUGUGACAUGUCACUUAUGAGUCUCGCAGAUAAUGGAGAACACUCGCGUAAGAGUCAAGUUCGCAAACGAGAGUAAGAGAGAUGUGAUACUUACGUUAGUACCGGGUUGCGGGGCCAAUUUUACGCGAGUUUCGACGAAGCUUGACGAAGACGUAUGUGCACGUUGAUGUUUUUAAGACAAGUGUUCAUAAAUGUUUAUUUAUACCCAG